GGCGCGGGGCCGCGGCCGCGGCGCUGCUCGGCCUGGGAGCGCCCGCCCGCCGGGCGCCAGCGGGGCGGCCGAUGGCGGGGCGAGAGGACGGGCGGGACUGGGCGUACAGGGUUGAUCCAUAUGGGUUUGAAAGGCCAGAAGACUUUGACUAUGCAUCCUAUGAAGCAUUCUUUUCCAGAUACCUAGUGGUACUCACUAGAAGAGCAAUAAAAUGGUCCAAGCUCCUAAAGGGGAAUAACAGUAUACAGAAGAGUUUAAAAGUGAAGAGAUAUAUCAGGAAAGGCAUCCCCAAUGAACACCGUGCGUUGGUCUGGAUGAUUGUGAGUGGGGCCCAAACCAACAUGGAACAAAACCCUGGGUACUACCACAGACUGCUUGAAGGAGAGAAGAAUGCCAAGCUGCUUGAAGCAAUCAAAACAGACAUGAACAGAACAUUUCCAGAUAAUGUAAAAUUCCGCAAAACCGCUGAUCCGUGUUUGCAAAAUGCACUCUACAAUGUAUUGGUAGCAUAUGGGCAUCAUAAUAAAGCAGUAGGAUAUUGUCAGGGUAUGAACUUCAUUGCUGGAUACCUGAUUCUUAUUACAAAGAAUGAAGAGGAGUCCUUUUGGUUGCUAGAUGCUCUUAUUGGAAGAAUCUUACCUGAUUAUUACAGUCCUGCAAUGUUGGGCCUGAAAACUGAUCAGGAAGUCCUUGGAGAACUUGUGAAAAUGAAAGUUCCAGCUGUGGCAGAGCUGAUGGAAAGACAUGGAGUCAUGUGGACCCUAGUGGUGUCACGCUGGUUUAUAUGCUUGUUCAUUGACAUUCUUCCAGUGGAGACUGUGCUCCGAAUAUGGGAUUGUUUAUUCUAUGAAGGGUCAAAAAUCAUCUUCCGUGUGGCCUUAACAUUGAUUAAGCAAAACCAAGCUUUUAUUUUGGAAGCCACGAAUUUCCCUGACAUUUGUGAUAAAUUUAAGCAGAUCACCAAAGGAACAUUUGUAACAGAGUGUCACAGCUUCAUGCAGAAAAUAUUCACCGAUCCUGGAAGCUUAUCCAUGGCAACAAUCAACAAACUCCGAGAGACUUGCAGGGAGAAGUUGCUUUCUCAGGGAUAACGUGCCAGAUGUGAUCAGGUGGUCAGCUACUACAGCAAUUGACACAUUCCUCUAUUUGCACUGAUUAAAGCACACUUUAAGCUUUCCAUUAAUUAAUUGACACUUGACCAAUUUUUUCCUGCCUUUCAAGUGUGUUAACACUUGUACUGUAUGUCAGAUUUGAUAACUGGAACUGGUGGUUCUGUUACUGUUUGUUGGUGGUGUGUUGUUUUUAUUUUUUAAGGAUUAUGGUAUCUUCAGACUAGAAUGUGAUCAAUGUCAGGACCCUCCUUUAAAAAAAAAAUAGUCCCAGGGAAUUUUGUAAUAUUAAAAGCAAACAGAUGUAUAAAAUUAUGUAUUACUGUGUUAACUGUGACACUGUUACCAUUUGUACAAAAUAAAUUAAUUUAAAUUGUCAGAACCUGUUUCUUGGUGUAGGGAGUAAAAUAUGUGAUCUGAGUCCUCACUGCCAGCCAGUGGCUGGAAUACAAGCAUCUUUUUCCUCACUGCUCUCACUUCAGGAACUCAAAUACAGCAAAGUGCAGGGCAAGAGAACAGUCAGUGAUCUUCACUAACAGUUGGUUUAUGCUGUGUGAGAUAGAGCAGCUGCAGUGCAAUUCUCCGACACCUGUCCCUAAAAAUUUGAGGAGAAACAUUUGUAAAGAUAUCCACCAACAGACUUCUUUGACAGGGGAAGACACUGGGUAGUUCCAAAGUCUGUACUGGCACCGGGCCACUACCAGCCCUGCUGGGGCUAGAGGUCUGGGAAUUGCUUUCUUGUCCAAACAGAGCCCUCUCGUGGCCAAAUCCUCUCCUUCCAGCUGGGGAAAGGGAAAAAGAAAACUGGAGCACUUUCUGGGGUUUUAUGGUCCCUGUGCAACAAACUACUGUGGAACACCUCACAUUUUAACAGCACAAUCCUUUUCAGACUUUACUCCACGCUCUCUUCAUUCCUUGUGAAGCAUGGCUUCCCCCUAGUCUGCAAAUUGAGAUUUUUUUUUCAUUCUGUAGCAGGGGUGAAAAAAAAAUCACCUUUUUCAGAGGAAGCAGAGGAGUGCUCUUCUAGACAACUAAAGACUGUUAUUGUCUAACAAUUCUCACUACCAAUAACCACUGUCAACAAUGAUUCUGAGCUAUCCUAUCCUUAAUGGUACCAGACAUACACCUUUUUCCUCAAGUACUGAAUAUAAGGACAGUAGCAAUAACAUACUCCUGUAUGUCAGCAGGUACUAGGAAACACUAUUCACUACUAGCAAAAUUGAUAGCUUUAACAUCACAGGACACUGGUCCAAAGUACAGCAGCCUUACUGCCCUGCAUUAGGCUCUCUAGGUCAGAAGUGUUCUGUGCAGUGUUUUGGUGUGCCCCAGUUCCUGCCCUGUGGAGCUGGUACUGUUAACACCAAAGCCUUGCUGCAGAAGGGAGUCAGGGAAGCUUUAAACACCAAGGUUCACUUCCAGCAUAUAACAAGGCACACAGCCCUCAGCAGAGGUGUGUUUCCCACUUUGUGCUAAGAGGCCAACUUCAGAAACAAACAUGAAAUGUCAUUUACAGAGUCUUUAGACUAAGAACCUCAGCAGCAUUGUCAGAAAGUGAGGCUUAGCCAGGCAGACCGGUGUACCGACAUGUUGCAGGAAGUGGCAGUCUGAAGCGUUAACUUCUCCAGGUCUCAGGUUACCACCAACCCAUAGCUUUCCUUGUUUGCAAACACAAAGUGCAAAUCGAACCUGAUUCCAACACACACACACUGUGUCACAAAGAAAAAACUUAAGCACUUGUUUAACUCCACACUAAAGAUUGUUUGAAGCUUCCCAAAUAUCACCAAACCAUGACUUCAGCCCUCAAUAAAUGGUCAACAAAUGGUUUUAAGAGUGAUCAGCAAUACUAAGAAAUACAGAAAAAAAAGUGUCUUUAUUAGCAUUGUUACAGGCAAUGCAUACAUAAGAACUGAUCCUUAAAGUGUACAACCCCCCAGCCAAGUUUAAAGCAAUAGAAUCAGCAGAUUGAGAUCUAUAUUGUACACACAUGUGCAGUAACAGGAUCUCUCUGAACCUUCCAACAGAAUAGACUGAAAUCACUUUACAAAAAAAAGUAAAUAAAAA